CACCGCUGCUUUUAUGCGUGAAGAGAAAGACGCAAGAGCAGAAAGUAGCUCUUGUUUCCGUUACGCUAGUGAACCGCAACUGCCAGUAUCGUCGCUGAAAGCGAACAAAUCCGACACACAGCAAUUUUUCGCGGUGGAGAAGGUUGACAACUCGACGCCGCCAACAUGCCCGAGACGGAGAGUUAUUCCAACCCUCUGGCUCCUGAGGGUCACGACGCCGAUGACAGAUCAGCUGCUCAGUCAAAGUUGACCAAUGAUGACUUCAGGAAGCUGCUGAUGACACCACGGGCCACACCUUCAUCGGCCCCGCCCUCCAAGUCCAGACAUCAUGAAAUGCCAAGGGACUACAAUGAAGAUGAAGAUCCUGCAGCGAGAAGGAGGAAAAAAAAGAGCUACUACGCUAAGCUACGGCAACAGGAGAUGGAGCGCGAGCGUGAACUGGCCGAGAAAUACCGCGACCGGGCCCGCGAGCGGCGGGACGGCGUCAACAAAGACUACGAGGAAACGGAACUCAUCAGCACCACCGCCAACUACAGAGCCGUCGGACCUUCCGCCGAAGCGGACAAGUCUGCGGCAGAGAAAAGGCGUCAGCUGAUCCAGGAGUCCAAGUUCUUGGGUGGUGACAUGGAGCACACUCACUUGGUGAAAGGUCUCGACUUUGCUCUGCUCCAGAAGGUGAGAGCCGAGAUCAACAGCAAAGAGAAAGAAGAAGAAGACAUGAUGGAGAAAGUCCAGAAGGAAGCCAAGAAAGAUGUGGGACCAGAGGAAAAGAUUGAGUUCAAGACUCGUCUCGGUCGCAACAUCUACCGCAUGGUGUUCCGCUCGGGCGCGCUGGAGCGCAACGAGCUCUUCCUGCCGGGCCGCAUGGCGUACGUGGUGGACCUCGACGACGAGUUCACCGACACCGACAUCCCCACCACCCUCAUUCGCAGCAAAGCCGACUGUCCCAGCAUGGAGGCGCAGACCACGCUGAGCACCAACGACAUCGUCAUCUCCAAGCUGACGCAGAUUCUCUCCUACCUCCGCCAAGGAACUCGACACAAGAAGAUCAAGAAGAAGGACAAAGGUAAAGCGGAUGAAAAAAGAGCUCCGGAAGCUGAUAUCGGCAUCUUCGACGACAUCGGCGACUACGUGCCGUCGGCGGCCUCCUUGUCCAAACCUCCCAAAGACAAAGAGAGGCGGCGAGACCGCGACAGGGAUGACGAGAAGAAGCGAAGACACGCCUACUUUGACAAAGAACAACAGGCUGCGGAGGAGGCGGACGCAGGUCCAGGAUCGGUGCGAGAUCAGCUGAAGUUGAUCAACGAAAAGUUUGCGGGUGCCGCGGGCAGCCAGUGGCAGGGCCAGGAUGCGCCGCCUCAGAGGAGAGACGCUCAGGAACAUCUGGGAGAUUUCUUUGGAGGGUCCAACUCUUACGCCGAGUGUUACCCCGCCACGAUGGACGACCUGGCCGUGGACAGCGACGAGGAGGCGGACUACAGCAAGAUGGACCAAGGCAACAAGAAGGGGCCGCUGGGCCGCUGGGACUUUGACACUCAGGAGGAAUACUCCGACUACAUGAACAACAAGGAGGCGCUGCCCAAGGCGGCAUUCCAGUACGGCAUCAAGAUGUCGGAAGGCCGCAAGACGCGGCGCUUCAAGGAGACCAACGAGAAGGCCGAGCUGGACCGCCAGUGGAAGAAGAUCAGCGCGAUCAUCGAGAAGAGGAAGAAGAUGGAGGCCGAUGGGGUGGAUGUGAAACGACCCAAAUACUGAACUUUGUCCUUGCUUGUCAUUGAGCAACCAAAUUAGGAGGAGCCUUCUUGGUUUUAUUCUCACACACGCACACACGAGCCAUUUCAUCUGAUUAAAAAGAAAGAAACCUGGCA